AUGGUGCAAGACUGGUCUCGGGAGGCGUUACCUCCGCGUCAACCGUGGCCAGCUCAUCAAGGGCGGGAGGCCUUGCAGAGGCGAUACCCUGAGGCGCCGGAAAGCAACCGAUGCAUGUCCAUCGAGAAUGCGCUCAGUACGCAUUGUGGUAUCUCGAGCAAGGUGUACUUCCUUGCAGUCAUGAAGGAAGAUGGAACUGUUUCCACAUUCAGCACCCCUGGACGCAACUUGGAUGCCAUGGAGGCUGAGUUUUUCAAUCGACAAAGAUACCAGCAACUCAGUAACAACUUUGAGCUUGCUAACCAAUUGGCCAUGCCAGUGCCCGAGGGGAACGCUUACUCGCGGGCUGGUUACGCCACUGCUCGAUACCCCCCCAGUCGUUCACGUCUCACUGGACUCGACGAUGGCGGCGAUGAUCACUCGCGGCCCACAAAGCGUCCACGUGCUGUGCCUCGUGCGCCCCCGGAGCCUGAAGAGGAGGACCAGAUGAUGCGUAGGCGGCGAAUCCAGGUUCAAAAGUUCGAUGAGCUCUGGAAGUUCUACGACGAAAGGUUUAAGAGCUGCCAGCAGUCUGCAUGCAAGCUCAUUGCCAAGGCCUGGAUCAAGGCUGUAGAGCCGAAGAAGCAGUCAACCCACCCCUACACCGGAUCCGACGAAAAGGCACCUAGUUGGUGGCCCAAGCCAUGGGGCAGCGAGAAGGAACACAAGGUCCGGCACAAAGAACCCGACCAUUUGUACAAGCGAGAGCGUGUCUAUCUCCUUAUUCAUAUCCUCAAUCUUGUGACAGAGCCACCCGAGAAACAACAUCCUGGGCUUCAAAAGCUGCAGUUGGACGUCAAGAAACUAGAGGAAUGCACAAACGAGGCGUUGUCUGGGUUUUAUGCUGAAAACGCCACCAAUGCCAGCAAGAAAACGUAUCUUAAUGAGAUCUUCAAGGUCGCCAAGCAGCAGGAAAGAUACAAGGCCGGCGCAAUUGAUGGGCAUACCGAAGUAUACGUUUUGUGCACAGGCGAUCGUUACGGAGACCAAGCUUCGGAGAACGAAAACAGUUCCAAUUCCUUUGCGGGAGAAGAUGACGACGGCAAGCCAUUGGACCCGACGCGGGUCACUGCCGCCCAAACCUACCUCCAAACGCCGACUGCUGGACCCAGCCCCUCUGCGGCUGUGAUGCCGCCAGGCGGGCAGAUGCUCCAUGAGCUACCGAUGCGGAACUCGCAGCAGGUUCCGCCGCAUAAUGGCAUGCAUGCUGAUGCUGGCCCAGCUGUGGGCCACUCUCUGAUGGAUGGCAGUGUGGCAGUGAAUGCGCCGCCGAACUUGGGGCCGCCAGCGUCGGCCAUGAACGUCAACAUGAUACCGAGCGCCCACGACGCCUCUAGGAGAUCGUCAGUUUACGGAGACUAUGGGAACGGCUUGUAUCAGCAACACUGGCAGUCCUUCACCACCAGCGCCGAAGGACAGCCCAUGUACUACACCCACCAUGCGAACCCAGGCGCAACGCAAGGCUUUUCUCAGCAGCUCCCUGUGGCUCAGCCUCACCCUUACGUCGCGAAUUCAUUCGACUCAACAAUGUCCCGCGCCGGGUAUGACGGAGCGCCCGCGCACGCAGGCUACAAGUACGAGCCCAACGAUGGUCGGGGGAUGCAGGCGCUUCCAGGGGUCUCGGAGGUGAUAGACUCUGUACCACGUGAGCACCUGUGA